GGCUAUAACUUUUCCAACCUGAGGAUGGCAACAAAUGCAGCGUUGAGUAGGACGUUUCUUAAGAAGAAGAGGAGGAACACCGGCCUGUGUGAUUGAGAUCAGCGGGGCAAGAGUUCACUUCACGGCUCAACUCUACACAAUGCUGUCCUAUGUGCUGUCACGAAGUUUCUGCCAGGCUGUCGCAGAAGUGAACCGCAGGUCUUACCCGACCUUAGGUUCAGCGUUUCGGGCUUUUACAACCUCGAGUCCACAAUGCGGAGGAGCACCGGACAGCGCUUCAGUGGUGACCUACUCACAGCUGAAGACCAUGCUGUCCAACCGUGACAUUCAGCUAUUUGAUGUGAGAAAUCCUGAUGAAUACCAGGCCGGACGCAUCCCAGAUGCUGUGAACAUCCCACUGGACAACCUGGAGGAGUCUCUGAAGCUGUCCCCGGUGCAUUUUCAGCAGAAAUUUAAAGUGAAGGCUCCUAGGAAAGAUGACGACAAUAUUGUGUUUCACUGCAAAAGUGGCUACAGGAGCUCCAAAGCCCUGGACAUCGCCUGCCAGCUGGGAUUUAACAGGGCGAGGCAUUACAAAGGAGGAUACAGUGAAUGGGCAGAACAAGAAGGAAAAUGAAUGAAUCCGGGCUGAGCUCUGCACUCUGAUUCCAUAUCUUUAUUAAAAAUAUAGCUAAUACAACACUGAAUGUAAAUGAGAAAUGACACAUUUAUUACUGUUGAGCAACACUUUUAUAUCAUGUUGACUGUUAAAUAAGUUACAAUUUGAAUUCACACUGACUGUUCCUCACUGAUGUAUUCAUAUUAAUUAUUACUUUAUAGGCAAUAACUUGCCAUGCUUUCACUACUGAGUCAACACUGCCAUUAAGGUUUUGCACAUGCGGUGUAUCCUUUUUAUUCUGUGAGAAGACAUAUGAUUCAUGACAAAUUGAUUAAUGCUUUUUAAUAAAAUACCGGUAUUCAGAAAUUUUAA